UUGGGCCUUCAGGUCCAGUAACUUCGCCGGUCCAUCAAGGGCGUCGAGCCUCCUUCCUCUUCCCGUUGUCCGGCGGUAGGAACCUUUUACUCGACUCUCUAUGCUUCGGUAUUCGUUCUUCUGCUGCAUUUUCUCAUUCCCGCGAAAAAAAUCCAUCUCCUUGACCUCUCUGCCUUUUCAUUUCUUUCAAGUUUUUCUACAAUAUUAAGAAACGAUUACUGGACAGAGCAAACCCUAAAGUUCUCUGGAUAAAUCAUUCGAGGUUGGUUCGUCAACCAUUUUAGAUGUCGGGGGAUCCUGUGGAGAUUGUAGUUCUUGAGGAUACAAAUGGCUUCAAACCUAGGGCGGAUAAAAAUGAAUUGAACCUUAGGCCAGUUUCUCAAGAUGAAUCUGGGGAGGGCUUGCCAUAUGCUCCUGAAAAUUGGCCCAAUCCUGGUGAUAACUGGAGUUGGAGGGUGGGGAAGAGAGUUGCUAUAACUGGCCAUUUUCUGGAUAGAUACCUUUAUUCUCCUCGUGGUAUUGGCAAUUCUGAGAACUCAGCUCGUAAAGGGCAUGCUUUUGCAAGCAAGCUUUCAGUUGAAAGAUAUAUCCAGUCUGAGUUCCCUAAUGCAGACAUUGAUGCGUUUUUUGCCUCAUUCAGUUGGAAGAUACCAGCAAAAAAGUCAUCUUUAGCGCAAGGUACUCGAGUUAAACAAAUUCCAUUCCCUCUACCCUCAAAAGAGAUAGAAGAAUGCUCUGCAUCCGAGUCCCAGAAUGGUAGAGUGGGUUGCAAGGCUGGAAAUAAGAACUGUUAUAGUUUAUCUGUUGCAGAUAAUCCAUCUUCAUUUAAAUCCAUGUCCUGUGAUAUUUGCUGCAGUGAACCUCGGUUUUGCCGUGAUUGCUGCUGUAUACUUUGCAGCAAGAUUAUAGACACGACCAAGGAAAGUUAUAGCUACAUAAAAUGUAAAGCAAUGGUGGGUGAUGGUUAUAUUUGUGGACAUCAUGCUCAUAUAAAAUGUGGUCUUAAAUCGUAUACAGCUGGGACAGUUGGCGGAAGCAUUGGAUUGGAUGCUGAGUAUUAUUGUCGACGUUGUGAUGCUAGAACGGAUUUGGUAUCACAUGUAGAAAGAUUUUUGCAGUCAUAUCAAUCAGCUGACUGUCGAGAUGAUAUUGAGGAGAUCUUGAGCCUUGGUUUCUGCAUUUUGCGUGGUUCGCACAAAAUGAGAGCAAAGGAGUUGUUAAGGCAUAUCGAAUUGAACAUUGAAAAGCUUAAAUCUGGGACUUGCUUGGAAGAGAUUGGGAAGAUGGAGGCAGACAGCUCAGCGAAUGGUACUGAUGCACCUGAUAAUGCUUAUUCUACAGAAGGUUCUCAUGACGCUUCAGACUCCACUAUAAGCUCAGAAUGGACUAUGUCCACCCCUUUCGAUCAUUGGAUUGAAUCCCUAAAACUUGAAGACGAGAUUGAUCAGGUUUUGCAGGGACUGAAAAGAUCACAAGAGUUCGAGUAUAAUUUAGCAGAAGAAGUUCUUCUAUUACAUAAAAAUUAUCUACAUAAUCUCUUUCAGCAACUUGAAAAGGAGCAAACUGAACUCAGACAUCAAACAUCAUCAACGGGACAAAAUGCCAUAACAAACAGAGUGGACCAAAUAAAACGAGAAGUAAAGAGACUUAAGAGAAUGGAAAAGGUUGCUGAUGGAUUUGGAAUGACUCCGAAAGAUAUCCUCAAGGAGGACUUCGAUUUGGAUGUUGAGUAGAGACACGGGCACAAAAAUAUGAUGUCACAAAAUUUCACUGAACUUUGUUGGUUCAUUUAGCCUUAUGUGGGUUUUUGUAGCUUUUACUGUGUAUCAUAUGGUUUCACAUGAAGCUGAGUGUAUGAUAUCGAGAUUUUACUUGGUUUAUGAAGAUAGCUGGAUUCAGGAAGCAAAAUACUGAACCCAUGCAGUUGCGGAGUUGCCAGAAGGAAUGUAGAGUAGAGAUAUUUUGGUCCAUUGGAAACUAACCCUCUGCAACGAGUUUUCACGGUAGGCCUUCCUAUCAAAUUUUCAACACCAUGCAUUUUAUAAUCUCUACUGGACCAAACUGUCAGCUUUGCUCCUAAUUGUUGUCUUUGUUACUUAUAUAUUGAAUGGAUGAUGAAAUUAAAGUUAGAAACAAGCAUUGAUUGUUGUCGGUCACUUGAAUCGAGAAACGAUUAUUUGUGAUUUGAACUCCUGAGAAUUUUGGAACUCUUCUCAGAUAAACUUCCGCGUCCCCAUUGGUUGCUUGACGGAUUGCUUUUUAUGGCAUCUGUGGAGUUCAGUAGGGGAUUCAGUCUGUAUGGUUCAGACUUCUUAUCACUACAUGCCGAAGAGAGGUACUUUCUUUUCAUUACAAUGCUAAAACCAGAACAUAUUUGAUAUCCCCCCACCCAAAGAAAAAGAAAAAAAGAAAAAAAAGAAACAUAAUCCCAUUUGUUGCAUAGAAAGGAAGCUUCGUGGAAUGUGGUGAAACCGCCAUUUUCUUUAUCAGGAUGAUGACGACGAUGAUUUUUGCACCUACUGUUGACGUGUGUCUGUGUUCACGACAAGAAAGGUCGGCUCCUUUCUUUGUCCUUUGGCUUUUCCAUCCUUACGAAUGUAUUUUUGUAGUUCUUUGAGUCUAGCGAUAAUGCAAGUAUUUUCUCCUCGACGAGGACGUUAUUAACGCCACCUUUAUUUUCCUGCAAAUGUAAUUUAUCCCAGAUAAUUUAAAAAGUGGAUCAUAUUUUAUUACGUUUGUGGCUGAAGAUGAUGCACCUAAUUAUAUUUGAAAAUUACGUGGA